AAAGACUCUUCACCGAGAGAGGACGUCUGUUCAAUACUUCGUUAUCAUCCAAAACUGUGACUGUGAAAGUUACUUUGAAUAAUACAAGUGUAAGUUUGGUUUUACAGUGUUUGGGGUUAUGGUAUUGUGCCUGCAAAUAUUUCGAUAUAAACCACAUCAUCAUAUAAGAUGCGCUGUUAACGAAGGUGAUUGACGAUACCAGGACGUGCUGAGCUCAUCACGACCCCGCCUGUGGAAGAUGUGACAUAAACAAUGGCAGCGACGGACGGGCAAGUCGUGGUCGCAGCAUGUCGCUGGUCUGACGAAGGCCACUAUCUCAGAGAAUUCGCAAUCAAAAACCGCCUUCCAAAUGUCGCCAAGAUCAUUAAAGGCCAAUAUGGAGGUCUUGGUGUACCAACAUUACCUAGUCCAGGUCUUCAGAGUACAGCACUUCUCAUAUCCGCAGGAAAGAGAAAGAAAAUUAUCGCUCAAGCUAUUAAGUUAAAAGAUGGACGCAGAAUGGUCAGUGUUGGUCCAAGAAUUGCUAUUCCAGAAAGUUACAAAGGAUAUUUUGAAUUAUUGAGUGAAGAAGGAAGAGCUGUAAGAUGUAUUGAAUCAGUUGCAGAACUUUCAAGAAGGAAGUUAGUAGAUGGGUGUUUAGUAAGAGAGCCAAUAAGAGUAAUUUGUGGUAAAACAGAUUUGGAUGACAACAUAACCGCUGAUGGAGCUAGAAAUUUACCAGCUGGUGAGGUUAUAAUGCCAAGAGGUGAUGUUAUUUUAGGUAAAAAUAAAUAUUUGAAAUGUACUGAUACUAAAGGCGACAUUGUGUUACUUAGCUUAGACCAACGAGGAAAAUUUUCAGCCGUGGCAAAAGAAGAAAAUAUUAGUGGAGUACACACUGCAAAAACUUUGUUAACUAAAAGAUUGCCAAUUACAGUGCGGCUGGUUCAUGGAACUCCUCCGAGAGGCCUGAAGAGUAACAACCAUUUUUUACCAGAGCUGCGCCUUUUAUCAAUUUACGAAGAAGAUCAUGUUUUCGCUUUACCAUUGCAAAAAGAAGGCAAUACGCUUGUUGCAUUACCAUUAGCAGCACCUUUGAAGAUGUUGAAGUGCAAAAACGAGGAAUAUAUUAAAAAUUUUAUGGAAUAUUCAAGAUUACUUGAAAAAUGCAAUAGAUUGUUAGUGGACGUAGUUGAUAGAAUUCAUGUUUUAGACGGUAAACUUGGUGAUCCAAAGAGAUUACUCAAUGCGCCUCUUCAUGUUCCACCAUUAAUCAAAACGGGAUAUUUCUUGAGGAGGAGUGCAUCUUCAGAUUCAGCGAAUCACCAAAAACACAUGAACAAACACAGUCAUAUAUAUAGCAGUCAUAGAGAUGAGAGCAGUAUCCCAGAUGAGUAUGAUGAAAUAGAUCAAAUAUACGAUUAUGUGAGAGGCUUUGCUCCUUUACCGAAAAACAUUAAAUCUUCAUACAGUAGUGAGCCCGCAAGACACGAAUCAGCCCCAUCAUCUCCUGCACCAACGCCAAUUCACAUGCCUUUAAUUAGCGAAAUAAAACCAGAGCCACCCCCGAUUGAGACGAUACCAACAAAGAAACCGCUAAACCAAAAAGCUGAAAAAAGAUCUCGUAAAACUGCUAUUACUAAAGAACCUACACCAAUACAAAAGGACAAGUUAACGCCAGUACCGAAUUUACCUAAGCUUUACAUAAAAAAUGUGACAAGUAAUAAAAAUAGGCUGUUUAGUCAAAAAAGCCACUCACCGACUAAAGAGACUCCUAGUCCCCUAGCUAGUCCAAUACGACCGUUAACUAAAGGUGACUCCCCUAUUUUCAACAUCAGGUACAAAAGCCUUUCCAAUAUACACCAAGCUAUGGAUUUAGACGGAACUUUAGACUCAAGUCAUUCGGGCGGAAGAACAUCGGGAGACUCGGGAAACGGGCCAAAACUGCCCGAGAAACGAUCAAGAAGGCUCCGUAGACCGAAAUCUUUAACAAACUUAGUUUGGGAACUCAAGGGUUGUCCCGUUGAAAGUAGUGAGAAGCCAAAAUGCAAAGUAAAAAAUGAAAAUUACAAGAAACUUGGAACUAAAUUGUCACUUGGUGCUCAGAAGAGGGUACCUACACUCUAUCUAUAGUUUCCUUGGUCCUCGCUGUGUUGAAGUCGAGGAAACAAAGGAGCAACGAACUACAACCGAAAGCGUGACAAUGUGUGGCCUGUUAUGUUCUGUUUAUUGUUAGGACUGUCAAAAUGCAAGAUAACUUCCCAUAAAACUUUAGAAGUUACAUUUUUUUGGCAGGAUUAGAAAAUCAAACCAGGACAUAGAGAACAUAAAUAAAUUAAUACUGAGACUCGGUUGCAUCAUAUUAGGUGUUAUAGUUAAGGUUUAAAUCAAAUAAAACGUUAAUACUAACACUGGCAUUAACAUUGACUGCGGAAUGUGUUGCAUCAUCAUAUUCCUUGGCAUUGUUAAAGUUAAGUUUGAAGAGUGAAAUAUCAAGUCAAUCUAUUUGAAACUUUAGACAGGUCGCUAUUUAGCUAUUUAACAUUAACAAUAGCCUUAACCGGCGAAGAUUUAACGGUUACCGUUGACAGUUAAAGUUAUGACGUCAUCUAAAAAUUGUCAAAUGGUGCAAUUACUUUACUUGAUGCAACCCAGCCUAAGUGUCACACUAACAAUAUGAACCAGGACUUCAUAUUAGUAGACAGACUUCUGCGAAGCAGUUAAUUCGCUUGAAUGCAUAAAAUAAUCUACAUUUAAUUAUAUUUUUCUUAUAACGCCAAAAAAAACCAUUCGAUCAUAAGAACAAACAAAUCUAGAGACCAAAUUACUUACCUUAAUAAUACUUUUGUUGAAAAUUAGCCACAGUCGCUCUAAUUUCUUUAAUAUAGUAUGUGUUUUUAUGCGAAUAAUCACCAAAACAUAUUAAACCUCUAUACAGCUGUUGUCUAACGGCCGUUUUCAAUAACUUAUCUAUCCUUAGUUUAACUUACUAGAGGUAGACAAAUCUAUCCUUUUACGCUUACUGACAUUUCAAUUGCCUAUCGACAUUAAGCAUUGGAGUAUAACUAUAUUGGACAUAACUAAACGGUGAUAGCAAUGUAUCUAUGUACUGAAGAUACGUUAUUGAAAACGGCCGUAAAUCGAUUUCAAAUUCCAUUUAGUUUUCGUUGCUACAUCCUAGCGAGACUCCAAAACCUCUACCUUAUAUUUUGACAGUCCAGAAAUAACAAUGGCCGCUUACACAUGUUGAUCUCUUAAUUAUUACAAAUAUUUAUAAUAAUGCCAUAUUAAAAAUAUAAAGCUUGGGUGUUCUUAGAGUUAAGGUUUUUCUAAUAGAUUUAAUAUCUUCUUAUAGCGACCGGUUCUUAUGUUCAUAUUACGUUCACAAUAACACUAAUCAGCUUUAGAGACUUUUAAAUACAUCCUAUAUUCUUAAGUAUAUUAUUAAAGUUAUAUUUCCUCAGAGUACUUUUAAAUAUCUAUUGAAUAAAUUUUAAUAAAUCAUUGUGCAUGAAAAAGGCUGAAUGUUACUGAAUUAACAAUAUGUUUUUGUAGAUAAUAUUCUUUAAUGUAUGCAUAAUGUUAUAUUCUUCAAGAUCGUUACAUAAAUAAUGGGUAUUAAAGAAACAAAGAAUUUUAAGAAAUUUUAAUCUUUUAAGAAAUAUAUAUAUGAUGAAAGGAUUCUCAACGAAAAUAAUCCAGUUUUUAUUUAUUGAGAUAAAUUAGAUAUUCUAUAAAAUACAGAUAUGAGCCAUGGUUGUCACUUAUCAAACAUGAAUGACGUCACUUCUCAAUAAUCAAUACCGCAUCGGUUGAAGUUUUAGUCCUUAGAUUAAGGAUUGAUCUCCACGGCGCUCCAAUUAGAUACCGCACUACCUAAGCCUUACCUUACCUUAGCAAAAUUUAACAUAACAUGUGGCACCUAAACGUCACACAUUCUCGAGACUGGCUCGAGUACGCCCACUUGGGCGUAGUAUUAGUUGCCGCACUUUGCGACUACGCCUGCGGUAUCUAGUUGGAGCGCAGCGGAGACCAAACCUUGAUCUUAGCUUUAGUUAUUAGUUUUAUAUAACAAGUUAGUCAUAACUAUCACUGAUUUCAGAAGCAGUUCAUUAAAAACUAAAUUAAUUUGCAUAACAGAUUAUUUUAUUGUAUAAAUAAAGUUUUUUCGAAACUAUUAGACGUGUACCAACGGAUAUAUGAUUUUUAUGAUUACAUAACAUCUAAGUAAUUGACUAGUCUGUAUAUUUUGAAAAAAAAAAUGUUGAAGAUGACUAUUGCCUUAAUUUUGAUAUAUGAAUAUCUAUUUUUUUAAACAUAUUAUAGUUUGUAUUUAAAGCUAUCUCUUACUCGCGAUGAUCAGGCAAAACCAUUGGGAAUAUUGUUAUGAAACUUUCACAAUCUAUAAGAUAAUUAAUUAAGAGCGCUUUCGAACUACGUCCGAUCCGAAUCCGAUCUGUACCCGAGCGCUCUUUCGGCCGUUCCCAAUAUUCAGUCUAUCUCUUACUUGAGAAAAAAAUCGUAACUAUCGUUGACUUUUCGGUCCCUAUAAACUUAUCGACGGUAACUCACCUUAUCCGUACACGCUGUCGGUCAAUGGGACGACGUAUAGCUUACCAGCGAUAGAAGUUUGUAUGGAAAUUGCAAUUUACGCAUCCUAAUAUAAGGCGAUAAGAAUGACUUAUCGGGUAUAUUGGGACAGCCUCAGAUUAUUUACUGCUAAUUACUGACAGUAGAAGGUAGUAAUUUAUCUCUAUCUGUAGAAUUGGGAAUGGCCGUAAGAGCACUUUCGCUAAUGGUUGACGGAAAGAAAUCGGAUAACGGAAGUCGGAUCUAAAGCGUAAUACCAUAGAAAUAGUUCUACGACUACUUCGAACCGUGUUUUCACGGGUACGGAUCGGAUUCGGAUCGGACGUGGUGCGAAAGCGCUCUUACAGUAAUUUUAUAAUAACUAUCUGGCUUGUAUUCGUAUUGUGUUUAAAAUAUCAAGGUGGAUUAUUAUUUCAAUAAUAUUGGUGCACAGCAAGAAAUAUGCAUAGCAGGUGUCCUCUGUGCGAUCUUGGAAGGUCGCAAGAUCCUCCCCAUUCGCUCAAGACAUCCAAAAUCGGUCAACACGCCAUUACAUUACAUACAGCUUACCUAACAGUAAUAAUUGUGUGCCUUAAAAAGUUUGAUAUGAUAUAAGAACUGGUUGUAAAUUGUAUUUUCAAAAUUAAAUCAUGAUUCUAAACCAAAAACUUAAGGUGCCUUACUAUGUAGUAAACUCUACUCUUGUCUUUUAUCUAAUUCGCUUUAUGCUAGUGCCGCAGAAUACAUGCUAUACCUAGAUAUUUAAAAAAAAGUGUGUGUUUGUACUUAUUUAUGCACGCAAGAAGUUAUACUUCUUCGGCGUAACGAAGGAAAAAUCAUUAAAAUGAUUUAUUCCUCGUGCUAUUCUACGUUUUUAGAAAGAACAAUAUUUUAAAAAUAUUGCAUAUAUUGCUUUGACAAUUAAUUAUUAAAUAACAAAUACGGCUGUAUGGGCUUGAACCCUUUGCCUGUCCUAAUAAUGGACGAACAAACAAAAAAAAAAACAUAAGGAAUGACGCAAACGUAAGAAAAUUUUAGUAACCAACUUCAACCUGUUCCUUUUGUGUUACAGUAAUGCGAGCGCAUCUUAAAAUUUCACUCUCAUCAAUUUUUCCCCUAAAGAAGUAUAACUUCAAAAAAGCAUAUUUUUCUAUGACUGGAAUAUUUAAAACAUCAUGAAUUAAAUAAAUGAUAUAAUUCAUUAAGCUAAUAACAAAAUAGUUUUAAAAAAAUUUGAAUAAUUUUAACAUAAAAAGUAUAUUAUUAUAGCAUGUUUUUGUGUAACUGGCAAUAGUAUAUAACUAGAUUUAACGUAAGUAAAAGAGUCACAAUUUUUAUAAAAUCAUUAUGCAUUUAUAAUAUUUUUAUUCAAUUAUAUUUUGUAAACGAUUUUGACGAAUUUCGUUUUGAGAUAGUUGCCAAUGUGUCCGCUCACAAAUUGCUUCUUUUAUGUUUACAAUCUAAUAAUAAUGUACACGUCACGGACUAGUAAAAAAAUAAGGACUCCGUGUCACCUUACAUAACAGUGAGGCACCAAAACAAGCCAGUAAACGUGUAAAUACAUAAGUAUUUGUGGCCAUAUAUGAUUAUUUAAGGGAGAAAAAAUUGUGUAACUGGUAUCCCCGUAACCGCACACACACUAGCAUAACGGUGCUUCACUUGCUAAUAUGACGGCGCGGAGUCCUUCUUUUUUUACUCGUGCGUGGUAGACGUAAGAAUAUAAAAAGAAUUUGUAAUGCGUUCCGUUCUGGAAUGUUUUUUAUUAUUGUAAAAUUUCUUAAGUUACUUAAUAAGUGUAACCCGGAUAGAUGAUAACUAUGGAUGAUUCUCUUGGAGGCUCAAAUGUUGUAUUUAAUCUAAUUUUUGGAUCUUUAAUAGAAUCAUCGCUUUAAACUUUGAUGUAUACACUCUCAUCUCUCUGUCUCUUACGUCAUU